AUGGAGCGUAAAAUAAACAGAAGAGAAAAAGAAAAGGAGUAUGAAGGGAAACACAACAGCUUGGAAGACGCUGACCAAGGAAAGAACUGCAAAUCCACACUGAUGACCCUCAACGUUGGUGGAUAUUUAUACAUUACUCAAAAACAAACACUGACCAAGUACCCAGACACUUUCCUUGAAGGUAUAGUAAAUGGAAAAAUCCUCUGCCCGUUUGAUGCUGAUGGGCAUUAUUUCAUAGACAGGGAUGGACUCCUCUUCAGGCAUGUCCUGAACUUCCUACGAAAUGGAGAACUUCUACUGCCCGAAGGCUUUCGAGAAAAUCAACUUCUUGCACAAGAAGCAGAAUUCUUUCAGCUCAAGGGACUGGCGGAGGAAGUGAAAGCCAGGUGGGAAAAAGAACAGCUAACACCCAGAGAGACUACUUUCUUGGAAAUAACAGAUAACCAUGAUCGCUCCCAAGGACUGAGAAUUUUCUGUAAUGCUCCUGAUUUCAUAUCAAAAAUAAAAUCUCGCAUUGUUCUGGUGUCCAAAAGCAGGCUGGAUGGAUUUCCAGAGGAGUUUUCAAUAUCAUCAAACAUCAUUCAAUUUAAAUACUUCAUAAAAUCUGAAAAUGGCACUCGACUUGUACUAAAGGAAGACAACACCUUUGUCUGUACCCUGGAAACUCUUAAGUUUGAAGCUAUAAUGAUGGCUUUAAAGUGUGGCUUUAGACUGCUGACCAGCCUGGAUUGUUCCAAAGGGUCAAUUGUUCACAGCGAUGCACUUCAUUUUAUCAAGUAAUUACCUGUGUCACGAACAAAGGCAACAAGCAUGCAGCCAGCAAGCUUCGGAAAACCACGGCAUCAAAGGCAUCCCAAAUAACGUGUGCCUAGUCAGCUCUGUACUCAGAGCCCUGCUGCUAAUCAAUUACUGUGAGCUAACGGUAUGUAAAUUCUAUCGCUAAAGAUGUCCUUCUCAAGGGUGUUCCUGCUGAUCAGACUCUUAAAAUGAAAACAGUGAUGUUCUAUAUAUUAUAAAUAAAGACUGAAUGCUUUUGCUAUUUGUUUAUUUCUCCGUAAACUGUCUUUCAAUCAGAAUGUCUUUGGUACUUGCACAAUGAACAAGCAUGUACAUUAUCUAUCAUUCAUUUAAGUAAAUGGUAAUACAAUAUUUUAAGGGGCUGUAAGAUUUAAAAUCCUUUCUACCAAUCUACAAAGAAACUGAACUGGUAAAAUUAAACAUUGAGAGAAAAAGAGAUGUGCAGAUGUACUAAAACAGAGCUACAGUGAAACCAAAUGUAAGUGUAAGAAGGUAUUAAAGCUAUUGACUUAAUUUUAACGGCAGGCACUAAAAGCUUAUUCAUAGUUCCUGUAUUUUAUACUAGAAUUAUAGCUGAAUUGACAUAUUGCUGAACAUUCCUAGAAAACUGCUUGAUGACAAUAAAAAAUAAAUAAAAGCACUAUUAGCUUC